CAGAUCCACAGAAACAUGCGGCCACUACGAAGCAGAGUGCAGCUUCUUCUCUGCGGAUCUUCUGAUUGGAACCUAAAGCCGGAUUUUGAUCAGUUUAGGAGUGGAGAGUCUGGUUCGAUCCGAGCUGAAAUAAGCUGAUACAUAGCCGGACCCGAAAAUAGACGGAACCCCAGAUAUACGCAGAGGGAGACAGAAGGCUAACCUUCAUCCCCUGCAAAGACCGGAGUCUUCCUCACGGAUGCUGUGGCCUGCUCCUUCAGCAGAAUCAGUGAUGCCAGCCAGUGUUGCAGAGUUUGUGUGACGGGAUUUGAACCUGUGAGGUGGAUCCAACAUGGCUGCUACAGGUGGAGCCGUUCCUGCACAGACAGUGGGUGUAUGGUUCCUGUUGCUGCUACCUGCUGCCAGUGGUCUGCAUUCUGAGGGCCGAGUCUGCGCCUUUACCGACCCCCUGCAGGGCCUGGAGCCUCAGAGUGGGCCUGCCAGCAAACUAUGGGGUGUGGUCCAACUGAAUGGGACGGUCCACUGCAGCCGUGGCUCUAGGUGCUAUGGCCUGUGGGAGAAGAGAGGGGACGGAGAAAUCUACCUGGUGAAACAAGGUUGUUGGACUCACAUCGGUGACCAGCAGGAAUGUCAUGGUGACCAUUGCCUGGUAACGGCAGCACCCUCUCAGAUCCAGAAUGCCAGCUACCGAUUCUGCUGUUGCAGCCGAGACCUAUGCAACUCCAACUUCACAGAGCCCCCCCCCACCGCAGACACCCCUGCCCAGAGAGUGAUGAUACAAAGUGGCCCGGGUGGGCAGCAGACAGAACCUAACCUGCCACUGAGGCGGGAGGUGAUGGCACUAAUAGCCUUGGUAACUGUUGCCAUAGCAGCUGUCCUCAUUGUGGUGCUGUUCCUGGGAUACAGGAUGGUCAGAGGAAAAAAGAAACUUGGUCUUUCUGCUCUGGAUGUGGUGGAAACAGUGAACUGUGAAUCCGCUGUCGACCUGGAUCAUCUCAAGCUGCUCGAGCUGAUUGGUCGAGGUCGUUAUGGCAAAGUGUACCGUGGCUGCCUUAAUGAGCGCUGCGUGGCUGUCAAGCUGUAUAGCUCGGUCAACCGUCAGAACUACAUGACCGAGAGUUCUGUGUACUGCCUGCCGCUGCUGCAGCACCACAACGUGGCCCACUUCCUGGCAGCUGAUGAGAGGACAGUGGGCGAUGGCCGUUCAGAAUUCCUGAUCCUGCUGGAGUACUACCCUCACGGCUGUCUGUCUCGCUACCUGUCUCUCCACACUGUGGACUGGUGCACCUGCUGCAGGAUGAUUCAUGGCGUGACCAGGGGACUGGCAUUCCUCCACACGGAGCUCUACAAAGGGGAUCAGUAUAAACCAGCAGUGGCCCACAGAGAUGUGAGCAGUAGCAAUGUCCUAGUCCGAGCGGACCUGUCCUGUGUCCUUGCUGACUUUGGCCUGUCCAUGAAGCUGACAGGAAACUGUCCCUGUGGCCAUGGAGACAAUGACACUAUGGCCAUAUCUGAGGUGGGGACAGUGCGGUACAUGGCUCCGGAGGUUCUGGGUGGAGCUCUGAAUCUUAGGGACUGUGAGGCAGCACUGAAGCAGGUGGAUGUUUACGCUCUGGGUCUGCUCUACUGGGAGAGCUUCAGGAGGUGCUGCGACCUGUUCCCAGGUGCAGUGGUGCCCGAGUACCAGCUGGCAUUUCAGGCUGAGCUUGGGAAUCAUCCGAGCUUUGAGGAGAUGCAGAUUCUGGUGGUUAGAGGGAAACAGAGACCCCGUUUCCCUGAGGCCUGGAAGGAAAACAGCCUGGCAUUGUAUUCCCUGAAGGAGACAAUGGAGGACUGCUGGGACCAGGACGCUGAAGCUAGACUCACUGCUCAGUGUGCAGAGGAGAGACUGUCUGAACUCAAAUUGCUGAGUACACACACGGCCGUGCACAACCGCAGGAGUCUGCCCCAUGGGCAAUGGGCCACUGAGUCGGGGUCGACCUCCUCCCACAUUGAAGACCUGCAGGUGGACAUGGUCAAAAAUCUCCAAGGGGAGGAGCAUCUAACGUUGGUCGUCAAGACAACCACGAGCAGGCCUGAAGGUCCUGAGAAGAAGAACUCUAUCAACUAUGAGCGGCAGCAAGCGCAGGCUCUCCUGUCCAGAUCAGACAGCAGCAUAUCAGCAACUACGGCCAUGACACCAGCUUCCAUCCUCUGCACCAGAGGUUCAGAGUCUGAACACAACGGUGGCGCUGGGCCUAGUGUUUCUGUCUGCCUGCAGUUAACAGAGAAAGACCUGGAGUCCAUCAAGCUCAACCCCAAAGAGAUCGAUAAGAACCUGAGGAAAAGUUCUGAUGAAAAGUUGAUGGAGCAUUCACAGAAACAGUUUGGGUCAGAGCCACAGACUGUCAGCCUGCUCUACCAUCAGAUGCUCCAGAAUGCUGAGAUCAACGACUUGGUGUCAACUGCACCAGGUGAACUUGGGGGUGUGGGAGGUGUAUAUGCACCUCCUUCAACCUCUAUUCAUGCCCUCCCAAAGCAGCAGAACCUGCCCAAGAGGCCCACCUCCCUCCACCUCACCCCCAAAACCACAGAAACGAUGUUGGCAUCCUCUCAACUAAAGCUAGCCAAACUGAAGUCAAACCACAGACAGGCUACAACAGUAGUCUACAAUGAAGGCGUCCCGACCCUGGUGACAAAGGGUGUAAUAAGUGGUGGUCAAACUAAAUUAGCAGGGCCACAGAUGCAAGAGGAGGAGGACAAGAUGGAUGGAGAGAUGUUCAAAGGAGAGGAGACGUGCCUAAAUCUGUUCAACUUUAGUCCUGACGAACACGAACCUCUGCUCAGAAGAGGACAGUCACCUCCUGAGAGCGAACCCCUUCAUCCUCCAAGCAAACUGGGUUCAAACUCCAACAACAACAAUAACAGCACAGAAAUGGGUUCACAGAUCAAGAUCCAGGACUUGGGAGUAAAACCCCAAAACAUUGGAGGUUCAGAGGUCAGUCUGGGUAACAAGAUCAGUCCUAAACUGGGUCUGCAGAUCAGUGAAUCGGCUGCUAUAACUGCACUUACAACUCUGGAAAAUAGACUUCUGCUUUCUAGUCCAGUAGGACAAGCUUCGGAUACAUGUCUCCAGAAAGGUCACACUGAAGCACCAACACUAGCUUCUAAAAAGUCUCUUGUGGUCCACUCUGAGGUCCUGAAAUAUGAUUAUCCAGAUCCUCACUCAACCCCAACUUCACAAGGACAACGACCAGGACCGUGCUUUGUAACCAUAAAGUUGGACCUCCUAACCCUAAUACAGAAACCUUCGGCCACAGUAAUGUCAGGUGUAGCUGAUUCACUAUCAAACACAAAAGCUCCAGUUGGAAACUCAGAAACUUCACCUCUGGAAGUUCCAGCCUCAGAAACUGCAGGUGUGGAUUUGAGAGCCAACACAUCAUCCGAUUCUGGAGCUUGGAGUCUGAAGUCAUCCCUUGAAAGGCAGGUCAAAGUAAGAAGGCCAGAGCGUCCCUGUUCCCUGGACCUGUCUUCAUCCUGGAUCCCUACAGAUGAUUUGUUUCUUUCUGAUAACGGCAGUCUAAGUGCUUCAGGAGAGAAAAUUAAACGUCGUGUUAAGACGCCUUACACCCUGAAAAAAUGGUGCCCGGCAUCCUGGGUUGUUUCUACAGAACCAGCUCUCAACUCAGACUUUGACUUCAACACCAGUGGUAGCAACAGCCAGAGCCAGUUCUCUUCUGGUAUUCAAGCAACCAGCAGAGCAGAAGGUUCAAGCAACUGUAGAAUUAACCAGUCCAAAUCUAGUAUGGCUGUGUUUUUAGUUGCGGGAGGAGCUACGGCGACCACAAUCUCCGAGCCAGAUAGGAUGACCUGCUUUUAAGUAGGCUGGACUUCACUGCUUCCCUGCCAAAGACGAGGACUUGUCAGAAAUUAGACCGUGGAAGCUGUUCCCCAUUCGGCUUUAUCUGGUAUCUAGACGUCUACAGCUGACCUCAAACCUGAAUUCGGUUGUGUAGUAUCAAACAGAAUUAUCUCUUGUCUUUUAUUCUACAGCUGUUUCUACUGUUCAUCAUCCACGUUAGAGACAUUUAUGUUCUACUGUGCAGGUGGUUUUAUCUGAGAAUCUCUGUUCAUAGUUGAAUAUUGUGACCCGCUUUGUCUGGCACUGUGGUUGUGGGUGUCACCAUCAUGUACUGUACCUGGAGACUGAAAUCAUCCGAUUGUCUUUAAUAUUAACAUUUAGGCUUCUUCUCUAACUGAGUCAGUUCAGUACUAAGAAUUUUUUAAGCACUUAACAGUAACAGUGACAUGUUUCUAUUUAGGACAUUCCUUGACUGUGUUUAUGUCUUUGGCCUCCUGCUGUUCAGUGUGUUUGCCUCCAACUGACUUAAACUGUGGAGUUUUUAACUAUCAGUCUUGAGACCUGUGAAAUCUGGGCCACGUAAACCUCCUCAGGUAUUUUAACAACACUGAUGUUGGCAGGGGGAGUCACCUGACUAAUGCAUAAUCAUGAGUCCAUCCAGGGUCAUUGCGCAUUGGUUGGGUAGCUCAGUCCAUGGUCUUUAGACCAGGCCCACUGGUGCCACAGCAAAUCCAAGUGUAAUAGAAAUAAAUAACAUUUGCUGUAAGAACCAGGAAAACACAUUUUAAUAGGUUGUUAGAUUCUGCAUUCAGUCCACAGCACUUUAUUUAGCGUAACCACAGAACAAACUGCUUGUCACUUAGAAUUGUUUCCCAGAGCAAUGCUCUACCCAUUGAGCAACCAGUAGGUGUGAAUCUCCAUUUGUUUAUUUAGGCCUAAUACAUGAACUCUGUUCUUGUGCUAAUGUGAACAUAAAGAUCAUAAAGUGCUGAAGAACAAGUCAUCCCAGAGAUUCUAAAGGAUAAAAACUUACAUUAAUUCAUGUUGAGGCUUUCUUUGUCUUGUCCCUUUAACUCGUUCAGUCAUAGUAAUCAAAGUCAUAAGAUCACAUCAGUCCUGUUUCUAGUUUAAACCCUGAGCCUCACUAUUUACUGCUGUUUUUAGUUUCUGUUGGCACCUCUGUUCUUUUGCCUUGUGUAUUAUUGAAGGACAGUACAAAUACUCUGUGUACUUUCAUAUGGGACCAGUUAGCAUUACUGUGUACUGUAACACAGUCAUGUAAAGCAUGUUGUACAGUCCUGCACAUGAUAAAUCAACAUUUCAUCCCAGCAGGUUGGAAAUGUGUGUAAAAUAAAUUUAUCGUCAUCAUUAAAUAAAGUUCCUGCGUUACAUUCA